GACAAAGCGGCAGGUUCGAGAACGCGCCUGAACGCGGCGGCGUGCUCGAGAACGCGCCUCGACGACGACGGCGGCGGCGGCCCGUGGGGAGCCAGUCGUUGCGGGGCGCGCUCUCGAGCGGCGGCCCGGGGCGGCCCGUCGGUGCCGGCACGGGGAAGAGGCGGUGGCGCUGCCCGCGGUGGCGGGAGUUCGCGGCGGCGAUGGAGCGAGUUUGAGCCAGGACCGGGGUCCGAAGCGCGCUCUCUGCCGACGGAAAUGAGCCGCAGGGCUGCACCUACACCUACUGGAGCCUCACCUUCGCCGCCCAAGAAGGUGCCUGCCCUGGCUAGCACAACCGCAACCAAUAAUGAGUUGCUGAGUCUUUUUGAGUGUGAGGAAUGCUUUGACUUUGUGUUACCACCCAUUUUUCAGUGUCAGGGUGGCCAUCUUGUUUGUGGCAGUUGUCGCCCAAAGCUCACACGUUGUCCAAUCUGCCUGAGCCAGCUGGGAUCCUUUCGCAACUUGGCUCUGGAGAAAGUGGGCGAUUCCUUGCUAUUCCCUUGUAAAUAUGCCUCUUCUGGAUGUGAGGAAACUCUGCGACACACUGCAAAAGCAGACCACGAAGAGCUCUGUAAGUUUAGGCCUUAUCCGUGCCCGUGCCCUGGUACUUCCUGUAAAUGGCAAGGCUCUCUGGAUACUGUAACGCCCCAUCUGAUGCAUCACCAUGAGACCAUUAUAACCCUAGAGGGAGAAGAAGUCGUUUUCCUUGCUACACAAAUUAAUCUUCCUGGUGCUUUUGACUGGGUGAUGCUGCAGUCCUGUUUUGGCUUUCACUUCUUGUUGGCCUUGGAGAAAAAGGAAAACUACGACGGUCACCAGCAGUUCUUUGCAAUCGCACAGCUGAUAGGAACACGCAAGCAAGCUGAAAAUUUUGCUUAUAGAUUUGAACUAAAUGGUGAUAGGCGGCGAUUGGCUUGGGAAGCGACUCCGAGAUCUAUUGAUGAGAAAAUUGCAACCGCCAUUGGGAAGGGCGACUGCCUAGUCUUUAACACCAGCACUGCACAGCUUUUUGCAGAAAAUGACAAUUUAGGCAUCAAUGUAACUAUUUUCAGGUGUUGAAAUGGCAAUCAAACAUUUUCUGGACAGCGUUUAAAACCACUGCAUUCAGUUUCACAUAGAAUAGUCACCCAUCUGCCUGCGGACCUGAAACUUUGGUGGGUGGAAGCUAGACACAUGAAGAUGAAUAAAAGGAAAGGCUGUUAAACACA